AUGUCGCAACUAGACAACCUACAAAACCGAGAUCUCGCUGAAGAGAUUGAAGCUAUCAAUGCCAUCUACGAACCCGAUACCAUCGCAUUAGACCGAGCGGCCGCAUCCUCCAUCGCGAACAACACCAUUGACUUGGGAAGCGCCGGGUCAUCCAAUGACGAUGCGCAAACCACAAUAACGCUCCAGCUCCCCGGCCAACCUCACCUCUCAUUCAUUAUUGGCUUCGGUGCGACAUACCCAGAAACACGACCUACAAUUCUUGGCACUGCAUCAACUGCCGCGCGCGGAGAAGGCAAGAUCGCCGUGGAUGUGCUGGAAGAUAUUGUACAACGGACAUGGCAGCCUGGUGCAGUGUGUUUAUUUGACAUAAUUAGCGAAGCAGUCGAUGUCUUUCCAGAAUUAAAUAUCGGGGGAGGCAAAGACAGCGAGCAGACUGCGGAUGGCUUAUCUGCUAGCCAGACAACAACAAAAGCAGACGACCCGGCCGCACCGAUUACCCAGACAGCAGAAAGCUUUGGGACUCUUUCUUUGAAAGAUGCAUUUGGGCUUGAUAGUCCACCAGAUUGGAUCAUGUCCGACGUUGUAACUGAGAAAAAGUCCACGUUUCUAGCCAGGGCAGCGCGAGUGACGAGUCUUGCACAGGCACAAGCUUAUCUGGAUCAUCUCACUGCAACUGAUAAGAAAGUCGCAGUGGCAUCGCAUAAUAUAAGUGCUUGGCGUAUCAAGCAGAAGAAGAAUACUUCUCCAGGCUCGGAUGCAGCCGAGACGCAAAUCCAGGAUUACGAUGAUGAUGGAGAGACUGCUGCAGGGGGGCGUUUACUGCACGUUAUGCAAUUGAUGAAUGUAUGGAAUGUCGUGGUUGUGGUCUCGCGUUGGUUUGGAGGCAUUCACCUCGGACCGGCGAGAUUUCGACUUAUUAACGAUGUUGGGCGCGACGCGUUGGUAAAGGGUGGGUUUGUCCGCGAGGAAACCCCUGGUCCUGAAAAGGGAAAGAAGAAGGGCAAGAAAUGA